UAUGAUAAUGUAUAGCACUAAGGACAACACAAAGUGUUGCUAUCUUAAUUUUAUGACUUCUAUUAUUAUCAGUGCACGGCAUUAAAAAAAUGUAUGGGGAACAUUGGUUUGGGGAGAAUGAAUCAGAAAGGCAGAGAGACUGGAAAGAGGAAGUCUAGUUAGGGGCUACUGGGAAAACACAGACACUAGACAAUAAGGGUGUGAACCUAGCUUGACAAUUUGGUAUUUGGAAUAAUCCCCAAUGUCAAAAAAAGCUGAAAGAUACUUUAACAUUCAUAGCCAAAUCACUAAAUACUGCCACCUUUCCACAUCUGCAGAUUCCCUGGCUUUGAAGAACACAAUCCCCUAUUGCCCCAGCCCACGCUCUAUCAUUAAGGCAGGUUUUUUUGUUAUUGAUCUCAGCACUCAGUUGCCAGGUAGGUGCUUCUGCCCUCAUCUUGGCCGACUUCCUGCCUGCCUGGAGCCCGGAAGGCAUACGUGGGCAGGGGCAAAGCAGGACACUCCGUUGUGACCUCUCUGGCCACAGCCUCAUUAGGGAGUGGUCACUGACAGGAGCAGUAUUCAAAACUGAACCGAGGUGUGGUCCAGGCUGCUUUAAGCUCAAGUGUUUGGGGGCUCCUGGUGAGUCCCUAGUGAAGAAUUCAGAAAGGAGAAUGGAAGGGGGGUGGUCUCCAAGGGGGGGAGUCUUCCUCUGCCUCACUGUCAGCCUUCUGCUUCCAGGAAGAGGCGAUACUUUCACCAUCAAUUGCUCAGGCUUUAACCAGCGUGGGGUGGACCCCGCUGCCUUCCAAGCAGUGUUUGACAGAAAGGCCUUCCGUCCAGUCAUCAACUACAGUGUGCCCACUCACGUCAACAUCUCCUUCACCCUGUCUGCUAUCCUGGAAGUGGACGCACAACUCCAGCUGCUGACGUCAUUCCUGUGGAUGAAUUUGAUAUGGGACAAUCCUUUUAUCAGCUGGAACCCAGAAGAGUGUGUUGGCCUCAAUAAACUCACAGUAUCAGCUGAAAAACUGUGGCUCCCAGACAUCUUCAUUGUGGAAUCCAUGGAUGUGGAUCAGACACCUUCAGGUCUCACUGCCUAUGUCAACAGUGAAGGUCGAAUAAGGUAUGAUAAGCCAAUGAGGGUGACCAGCAUCUGUAACCUGGACAUCUUCUACUUCCCUUUUGACCAACAGAACUGUACCUUCACCUUCAGUUCUUUCCUCUACUCAGUGGACAGCAUGCUACUGGGCACAGACAAGGAAGUGGGGGAGAUAACAGACACGUCUCGUAAUGUCAUCCGCACCCAGGGAGAGUGGGAGCUCUUGGGCAUCAACAAAGCUACCCCAAAGAUGUCUGUGGGAGGCAACCUGUAUGACCAGAUCACGUUCUUUGUGGCCAUCAGGCGCAGGCCCAGCCUCUAUAUCAUAAACCUCCUGGUGCCCAGUGGCUUUCUGGUUGCCAUCGAUGCCCUCAGCUUCUACCUGCCGGCAGAGAGCGAGAACCGUGCCCCGUUCAAGAUCACCCUUCUGCUGGGCUACAACGUCUUCCUGCUCAUGAUGAACGACUUACUCCCUUCUAGUGGCACCCCCCUCAUCAGUGUCUACUUUGCCCUGUGCCUGUCGCUGAUGGUGCUCAGCCUGCUGGAGACCGUCCUCAUCACCUACCUGCUGCACCUGGCCACCACCCAGCCCCCACCCAUGCCCCGGUGGCUCCACUCUCUGCUGCUGCUCUGCACCUGCCCACGGAAAUGCUGCCCCACUGCGCCCCACAGGGGGGAUCAGGGGCUGGGCCUCACCCCCACCCAGCUGCCUGGCCUGAAGGAGCCAGUAGAGUUGGUGGGGAAGGCGCCAGGCCCCAGAGAGGCAGCGCUGACUGGGGCCUCAGGAGGGACAGGGGCCCAGCAGGAGCAGGAGGCCCAGAAGCAACGCCGGGUGGAGCUGUGGGUGCAGUUCAGCCACAUGAUGGACACCCUGCUCUUCCGCCUCUACCUGCUCUUCAUGGCCUCCUCCAUCCUCACGGUCGUUGGCCUCUGGAACACCUAAACUGGCAUCCUGUCUCUGCAAACCACAGUGUGGAGUUUCUCCUGGUCUUAGAGCCAACCAGACCCAGACUGCUUUCCUAAUCUCAGCCACUUAUCUCAGUGACUGUCACGCCCCCUUCUGUAUUCCAAAAGCUCCUGUGCUACACUACAGAGCAGAUUCAGAUGACAAUUUCCUGACAUUCCUGCAUGUUCUCAGUAUACCUGAGCCACACCUGACUCCUCACUCACUUAGCAGAGGAAGUCCAGGCCAGGGGAGUCUCUCCUUGACUGAGCACCCAUUAAGCAGUUUUGCAGGAAGCCCUGGCUCCUCAGUGUAUUUAUUACAAGUCCACAAACACGACGGUGGAGAGUCCUCCCGCUGAAGCUUUGGCGCCUCACCCUUAAGAAGUGUAAUCUGGU